CGGAUGGGCCUGCUUUUAUCUAAUCUUGUCAUUAACUGUUUGCGGUAUCAUCUUCGACGGUCACACAGCACGACACUAAACGAUACUAAGUGAUAUCUACUUUCUCAAAUCAUUGAGACUUGCUGCAUUAAUAAAUCCCUAUUUAGGUAGCCAAGCUCCCGAAAGCUUUGACCGCAGUUGCAUCCACGUGGAUUCCAACCAUUCCAGCAGAGUCUCACUCCCCCACCAGGAAACCUUGUCUUGCUCUGUCUUUUGAGCCGCCUUCUUGACGUACCGUCUUAUUCUCUGCUCCUACAACUACCCAUAAGAUUGCUUUAUGAGGCGAUCCUCCUGCAAGAGCUGAGGAUGGCCGAACAACAGCAAGAGGGCCAUUCGCUCUCAUCCAUGUUCCCUAAUCCGCCUCCUUUUUGGCAAGACUUUACAACAGACAAGAUUUCUCGAAUUCAAGAACUAAGGACUUCAUACAUCGCGGAACAUGGUGGCGAUCCUUCGACAGUCCGCGUGCCUGGUAUUCCCGAAGAUCUCGUCAAUCUGCAACCUCCAGCCGAGCCAGCCGAUGGACGCUGGCGUGUAUUUGGCGAUCAGUACAUGCUGGACGACAAGCUUCCAACUCUCGAAGACCAAGGGAUUACCAAUCUUCCCUCAUCAUCACAGCCGGAAUCCAAGGAUGCUAAGCGCUUUGAUCGCGCCUUUGAGCUCAAACGGCUAGCUAAAUCGCUUCUGUUAAAUUUUCUCGAGCUCUCUGGAACGUUAUCGCAUAACCCAUCGCACGCCGAAGCAAAAGUGCAGGACUUGCGCACACUCUUCAUCAACUUUCAUCACAUCCUCAACGAGUACCGGCCACAUCAAGCACGCGAAUCAGUCAUUGCGCUGAUGCAAGAGCACCUAGACCGCACGCGAGCUGAGACCAUGGCCAUACGGAUACAGGUGGACAAGGCACGCCGCGUGCUCGAUGGCUUGGGCAGCCUAAGCGUACCCGAUGUGCCCAAGGCUUUAGGACAGAACACCGAGGAGGAUGAUCUGGAGGCGUUGGCGAAACAAAGAGAAGCAGACGUGUGGGCUGCUACAGAUGCCUUAUUUACUUGAGGCCGGGUAUUGGCACAAGCAUCAGAUAUUGUCCAUACCGUCACAUUAUUAUCAAGGGAGUUGCAAAGAUCAACUUCCCAACAAACGAGACAGACAGUCAUCCCACAUUGGGCAGCCAUUUCGCACAUCAUAUUCUCACCCUUUAGUCCCGAAGGAUGACCGCAGCUGGAGUCUUGGAGCGGGGCGAAUUUUAUUGCACAACCUUGUAUAAUGGACUUCUUUUUUUUAGAGGGUUUACGAAAAAAAAAAAAAAAAAAAAAAAAAAAGAGGAAUUUACACAACGAAGGUCGCGAUGUUUGCAAUAUGGAGCGAACCUCAACAUCUACGCACACGCAAGUGGAAAUGCAUAAAGCUAAGCCUCGGGUUGUCAAAAGGCGGUCAUAAACUUCGUCUGAGUCGUUGAUUCAAUAUACACACUUCAGCUGCUCUAUGUUUCUCAGCAGCAUCGCGACGCAACACACAAAGGACUAUAAAAGCUCAGUUCUCAAACAACAAACACCCGGCAUUGUUGCCUCGCAACACAUGUUGUUGUUCGACCCCCCUUACAGGAUGGUGCAGGGGAUACAGCAGCAUUCGUAGUCGCCACAUUCGAUACACUUGGUUUUGGUGCCCGUGGCCUCGGAGGGCUUAAUGAUGGACUCGGCGAUCGAAGUGGCGGCGCUACCGGGACCGUUGCGGUCGUAGAGACAUUUGGAGGAACCGCAAGCCAUUUUGGAAGUUGUUUGGAAUUGAUUCAGGAGAGCUUAGAGGGAUCUGCAGUUUUGCUGGGUUAGCUGCCGUUCAUCUUCAUCUUGGACUUGGAUGAGUUGAUGCCCAGGAACAGAGAAGAAGAGGCGCAUAUUUGUUUUGACUUACCGGUGCGAUAACGAAGUUAGUGAGAUUUAGGGGUAGAAGAAUGAAGUUGCAGGUUUCAAGUCGCAGCAGCAGCAGCAGCAGCAGCGGGAGUUGGAAUUGAAUUUCAAGCUUGGGCUGUAGCUUGGACCAUGUCGACCUAUUUUGGGCUACAGCUGUAACAUGAUUGCGUCACCAAUUGGGCUAAAGUGUGGGUGGGGGUGGAUUGUGAUUCAACGUGUAGACCCUGGAUUUGAUCCCUCCCUCUUGGCAAUCUCCCCCAGCUCAGCCUCUAUUGAGCCACUACAAUGAUGAAGCUUUGGGAGAGAAUAUAUUCCUAGUACGCUACCGACGUUAUUGACCUGCCUCUGUUUUCGGAGAUGAACAAUGCCCUCGAAUAUCAAGAUGGCCAGAACUCAUGUCAUGGCAUAUCAAUCAAGCUGGGUUGCCCGAAGAAGCACGGAAUCAAGAUGUGGUCAAAGUAAUACCUAACCGACAAUAAGGCUCUCAAAGUUAGAGAUGCCUCAUAGCAAAGCUAGUGCUUGAUAUGCUUGCCUGUGCGUGCCAGAUGGAAGACUUGUUUUCUUCAACAUCCAAGAGCAGGCAUGAGCACUGCCUAUUGCAGAGCUCUUCGUGUUUAGGAAGACGAAAUAGGAUACCUUCCAAGAUAUAAAAGGCGUCGAGCUUGUAAAGUCGGGUUUCAGUAAUGUAAUGCUGUCUCUGUGCUUGUUGCUGAGAUUGAUGCCAUAGACAAUAAGGUGACGAUGCUCUGACAGCAUACACUUUCGACUUUUCUUCUUCUUGUUAGACAUAGAUAGCAUAUGCCCCUAUGAAAGCCUUAAAAUAUACGAGAAUCUUGAACUAUUAUAUAACGCUUGAAAAGAAC